AUGGCGGCUCCACUUGUUUUUCUUCUUCUCCUUCCAAUGGUUCCCGCGCACGUUGUCAAGGAGAUCCGUAGUAGAAUCAACAACAAGUCCACCAAAGAUUACAUGGAACAGAGGGUGGGCCUACCGGACGUGGGCCAGCGGGGCAAGGAGGGCCAGCAGACGGGCAGCGGGGCGGCGGACAUCUACGGCACCUUCAUCGUCGACCUCUCCUUGGGGACCUCGCCACAGACUCUCCCCUUGGUCAUGGACAUCACCAGCGACCUCGUCUGGGUGCAGUGCAAACCCUGCCCCUCGUGCAAGACACUCACACCGCCGACGACGCCCGUGUUCUUAGCCGACUCCUCCAAAUCCUUUGGCGACGUCGGCUGCGCCAACCAGACUUGCCGGAUUAUGAGGGACACUGACUGCCCGCGAACCGACGACCUCUGCAUGUACAAAACGAGCUAUAUGUCCGGCUUGCUCGCCACCGAGACAUUCAGCUUCGGGACCACGCAGGUUCCGGGCAUGGCGUUUGGUUGCACCUGGUCCGUCACCAGUGACAUCACUGUGCGGAACCUUGACGGCGCCUCGGGCUUCGCCGGCUUCAGCAGGGGCCCCCUCUCCCUCGUGUCGCAGCUCAACAUCUCCAGCUUCACCUAUUUUAUCGCUCCUCACGAUGUGGCCCCACCCGGCAAGAGCUUCGUCGGCUGGAGCUGGGGUGGCGCCAACAUCGACGGUGAUGGCGUCGGGGUGCAGACGACGAUUACACGGAACAGCAGCACACCCCUGCUGGCGGCCACAAAGAACCAAGCCCCUUACUUGUACUACGUCAAUCUCACGGGCAUGCAGGUGGACGGCGAGCUCCUCACCGCCAUCCCGGCGGGGAGCUUCGACAGUCACGGUGGGGUGUCGUUGAGCACCACUCUUCCCUACACCUACCUCCCCGAGGCCGCUUACAGGGUCCUGAGGCGGGAGCUCGUGAGUAGGAUCCAGGCGGAGGGCGUGGCUCCGAUGAACGCCUCGGUAGAAGGAGGGGCAGGCGACCUCGACCGCCUGUGCUUCCUCACGCAUCAGUUUGCCAACGUCAGGGUUCCAAUACUCGCGCUUAUGUUCGAUGGCGCCCACACAGCCAUGGGGCUCAAGGUGGAGAACUACUUCUUCGCCCAGAACGCCGGGCGGACGUGCCUCACAAUACUGCCAUCGGCCGACGGGCCGGUCCUGGGCAACCUGCUGCAGGCAGGCAGGAAGAUGACCUACGAGAUCCACGGCGAUGGGGGUGGCGUGUUGACGUUUGAGACGUUCGACACGGCAGAGGGCGCGCCCGCCCCGACAAAGGUGCCGCUCAUGAUAAUGGCCACUCUUCUUCUCGCGAUGCUCCUCUAG